AUGGCUAAUUAUACUUUGUUCUCUUUCAAACCAUUUGAUUUUGAUGGAAUUCAAGGAAAUUAUGAGUCUUUUGAAGACCUAGAGAAAGAGGAAACACUGGCUCUGGAUGAAUAUCAAUUCAACCAUGUUUACUCACCAACACCACAAUUAAUCCUGGAAAUUUCAAAGCUUGCAUGCAUCCAGAUCACCAGAUAUCCUGGAAUUCUCGAACACGACAAGCAAAUUCCACAUCUGCCUCUGUUACCUUUUCUGAGAAAUGAUGGAAGUGGAACAUUGCGCAACAUAAACGCUGAAACUUGUGGUGUUAGCCGCAAAUUAUCAAUAGAAGAAAUCGUAAGGGUGGCUGGAGCAAGACUGCUUUUACAUUGCGAGUGGAUUUCAUCUGCCGGGUGUAAUUCGGUCCAGAGAGUAGUUUUUCAUUUUGCUUUGGCGCUUCGAGAGAGGAUUGCAAAAGAAUCAAGAAGAUCAGUCAAGACAGGGAACGGCGGAUUCAAGCAAAACGACCUCAUCGAUGAAGAGUUGGGCAGUAACCCUUCAUUGCUUGCCUUUUACAGGCAACUUCCUUUUGUGCAAAUAACCCUAUUCGCAGGAAUCCAAGUCAUAAGCGAAAGUGUUGCAUCGGAGCGUAAGGCUCUUGUAGACGGAAAGGGUUUUCCCGUCGAACUUCUUAAGAUAACGGCUGUCGAAUCAAUUGGAAAUGAGAGGAUAGAGGAGACAGACAAGAGGUUAGAAAGUGUUGCUCAAUCCAUGAACCUGCCCUGUUCGUUUAAGUCGAUAAUAUUAUCAGACAUGAAAGAUAUCAAGGAAGAGUUCUUUGAAAUUGAAGAUGAUGAAAUGGUGAUCAUUUUUGCUCCAUUAGUACUGAGAACGAUGAUCUCUAGACCUAGUUGCUUGGAAAACUUCAUGAGAGUGAUCACAAACCUGAAUCCAUCCAUUAUGAUUGUCAUUGAAGUGGAAACAAACCAUAAUUCAGCCUCGUUUGUAAAUCGAUUUAUUGAAUCUCUGUUCUUUUAUUGUGCAUACUUCGAUAGCUUGGAGACUUGCAUGGAACAGCAUGGGGAGGAGAGGAUGAAGAUGGAAACAAUCAUGGGUGGUCAUAUCAGAAACCUUGUAGCAGAGGAGGGUAGAAGAAGGAAAAAUCGAAGUGUCACGAUGGAUGUGUGGAGGGCAUUCUUUGCAAGGUUUAGAAUGGUGGAAAUUGGGUUUAGUCAAUCAUCCCUAAACCAAGCUAGUUUGGUUGCUGAAUGGUUUUCUUGUAAAAAUUAUUGCACAUUGGAUAAGAAUGGGAAAUGUCUAAUUGUUGGGUGGAAGUGA